AUGUCCCGCUUCUCCGCCUUUGGUCGGCGCGCGCCCGUGCAACUCCUUCCCUCGGCCAUGCGGAUCAACGGCAACAGCUUUUGGCUCGCGGGUCGGCCGAGUAUUUGCGGUAAUGGAGCGAGCUGCGGACUUCAGCUACUGUGCUCUGCCGCUUCUGUGAGUCGUUUCUCUUCGACCCACAGCCUCGCUCAAAACGAUGUUCUCUUGGAGAGUCAGCAAUUGGCGAAGCAGGGGAACUUCAGCAAAGCGUCCGAAUUGGCAUCUGCCUUCGUUAAAGAACAUGAGGCCCUGCCCCUGGAGUCUGCCACCUACACCGCCCUUAUUGACGUGUUCGCUCGCGCGAAGCGGCUCGACAAAGCGCACAGCCUGCUGCGCGACAUGGAAGCCAAAGCAAAUCGGCCCGAUUCAGUUGGAGUUGCCGAUGCUGUUUACGACAAGCUCGUCGACGAGGGGGCAACUUUGGAUGCGGAGUUCUACGACGCCUAUAUCUCAUCUCUCGUUGGUGCGCGCAAGUUCAGGCGGGCCCACCAGAUCUAUUUCCACAUGUCCAAGAGGCAAAAGCUACCGGCUACCGCGACCACCUACAAGAACUUGAUCACCAUUUACGGUGAAUCCAAGCGCUGGGACCUCGUGCAAGAUGUUCUGCGCAAGAUGGCCAGCAGGAACGUACUUACGGAGGCGGCCGAGGGAAUUGACGAAGCGUUCGCAUGGGUGGAGCGUUUGGGCGCCGAGCGGGAGAAGUCUCCGAACGAAAAGGUCUACAACUCCUUGAUCGAAGCGUGCUGCCUCGACGCCGACACCCUCGAUCGUAGUUGGCGUGCGCUGCGAAACAUGAAGAAGGCUGGAGUCCGGCCCUCAACUCGCACCUACAAUGCCAUUCUCGCUGGCCACUCCAAGUUUGGCCGCUCGGGUGAGAUAAGCACCGUACUGGAGGAGAUGACCAAAGACGAGGUGCCCAAGGACAGCUACACGUACUCCCUGCUCGUGCGGGCCUACGCCAGCGCCGCCGACAUGCGCAAGGCCUUUGAUCUCUACAGCGACUACAAGGCGGCCGGCUUCCCUCCGCGCCACGACCUUUGCAACCACCUCCUGAACGGCCUCCGCCAGCAAGCCCACACCUCGCACGGUGAGCAGGGUGCAGACAGUGCGUGCCAGGAAGGAGUGAGCGAAGCCCUCGCCCAUGCCGAUGCGCUGUUUGACGAAAUGGUGCAAGCCGAUAUGCAGAUAAAUGCAUUUAGUUUCUUCAACCUGAUCCAGGCGAACCACCUCGCACGAAACAACGGCAAGGCUCUGGAACUGUACGACGAGAUGAAGCGUCGUGGCGUGCAACUCAACGCACGCUUGGUGCACCUGAUGGGUGCUGUGAUCGCUACGGAGACAGACCGCCUCGUCCUCAAUGGCCAGUUCUGA